CGGCCAUUGGCGGGGCGGGGCGCUGCCGCCGCCGCCGCUGCCGCCGCCGCCCCCGCCGCGCCGUCCCCUUUGUCAGCGCUCCGCCGCCGCUCGGCGCUGCCGCGGGCAUGCGGGCGGGCCGCGGGCAGGGCGAGCGCCGGGCCUAGGCCCCCGCCGCCCAUGGCUAGCCCGCCGCGGCGGCCCUAGCGCGACCGCCGCCGCCGCGAUGAGGAGCUCUGCAAUGGUAGAUGGAGUUAUGAUUCUUCCUGUGCUGAUUGUGAUGGCCUUUCCCUCCUCGAGUUGGCAAGAUGAUGAACUGAAGCUAAAUAUGGUCCACUAUGAAUGUGUGUGUGAAGGCAUGUCCUGUGGGAAUGGAGAUCGUUGCCAAGGCCAGCAAUGUUUUGCUUCCCUGAGCAUUAACGAUGGUGCUAAGGUUUACCAGAAAGGCUGUUUCCAAGUCUACGAACAAGGGAAAAUGACAUGCAAAACACCUCCGUCUCCUGACCAAGCUGUUGAGUGCUGCCAGGGAUACCUGUGCAACAUGAAUAUUACUGCACAGUUGCCUUCUUCUAAAGGGCAAACCUUUCAAGGAGAAGCUGCAGGUUACAGCAUGGAAACACUAAUCAUUGUUAUACUAGCCCCUGUGAUAGUGUUGGUAGUUUUUUCUGCAGUAGCUGUGCUGAUCAUCCGGAGAAUACAGAAGAACCAUAUGGAGAGGCUCAAUUCUAGAGAUGCAGAAUAUGGCACAAUUGAGGGACUCAUUGCAUCAAAUGUUGGAGACAGCACGUUGGCAGAUUUAUUGGACCAUUCCUGCACAUCUGGAAGUGGUUCUGGACUUCCUUUCUUGGUGCAAAGAACAGUGGCUCGCCAGAUCACACUUGUAGAGUGUGUAGGAAAGGGCCGUUACGGAGAAGUUUGGAGGGGUCAGUGGCAAGGAGAAAAUGUUGCUGUGAAGAUAUUCUCUUCUAGGGAUGAAAAAUCCUGGUUCAGGGAAACUGAAUUGUACAACACUGUAUUGCUGCGGCAUGAAAAUAUUUUAGGUUUUAUCGCAUCUGACAUGACUUCCAGAAACUCCAGCACCCAGCUGUGGCUGAUCACCCACUACCACGAGAUGGGGUCCCUGUACGACUACCUGCAGCUCACUACCCUGGACACGGUCAGCUGCCUGCGCAUAGUGCUGUCCAUAGCUAGCGGCCUUGCACACUUGCACAUAGAGAUCUUUGGGACCCAGGGGAAGCCCGCCAUUUCUCAUCGGGACUUGAAGAGCAAGAACAUCCUCGUUAAGAAGAACGGGCAGUGCUGCAUCGCGGAUCUGGGCCUUGCAGUUAUGCACUCCCAAAGCACGAAUCAGUUGGAUGUGGGGAACAAUCCCCGUGUGGGUACCAAACGCUACAUGGCUCCAGAAGUCUUGGAUGAAACUAUCCAGGCAGACUGCUUUGACUCGUAUAAAAGGGUCGAUAUCUGGGCUUUCGGGCUGGUCCUUUGGGAAGUAGCUAGACGCAUGGUUAGCAACGGUAUUGUGGAAGACUAUAAACCACCAUUUUAUGACUUGGUUCCAAAUGAUCCCAGUUUUGAAGACAUGAGAAAAGUGGUCUGUGUAGAUCAGCAAAGGCCGAACAUUCCCAACAGAUGGUUCUCAGACCCUGUAAACAUUAACAUCACUUGCCAAGUUGAUGAAAGAAUGCUGGUAUCAAAAUCCAUCAGCGAGACUAACAGCCCUGCGAAUCAAAAAGACUUUGACCAAAAUUGAUAAUUCCUUAGAUAAACUGAAAGCUGACUGUUGACCUUCUUCUCGUGGUGCUCUCCUGGUAGGAAGGCAUUUGUCUGGUUCAGAAGUAGUCUGGCCAGACAGUUUAUACGAUUGGUCCCCAUGUGGCUACUUAUAGAGGCAGAAGUUCUUACCAAGCCAUCUGUGUGGGAGACAUCGGAACCAUAUGGACUUUGCUCAGUGACUACAAUGGGCAUUUCACAAAUGGUCAAGCUAUAAAGACUCACGCUGGAUGUACUGUUGCAAAGGUAGUGGCCUGAAGGAAGACAGAGAAAUCCUAAGACAAGAUCAGGGCAUUAAUUAAUGGCUUUGAACAGCUUUUUCCUUUUUUUUUCUUUUUUUUUUUUUUAAUUCUCCUAAUCACUCCCAGGGUGAACACAUGGAAGUGGUAAAUUUUAAUCAGCAAUAUUGCCUGUGCUUCUCUUCUUUAUUGCACUAGGAAUUCUUUGCAUUCCUUACUUGCACUGUCACUGUUAAUUUUAAUGACAUGACUUGCCAAAAAUAUGAUUGGCUGUAUACUACAUUGAUCUAUGCCUGAAUAAUAGGAAAUUGGUAAACUGAAAAUGUAACUGUCAGAUUUUAGCUGCAUUUUACAUGUGUACUGAUGUUUACAAUAAUGCUGAACAUUAGGAAUUUCUCGUUUAUACAAAACUUGCAAAUUAUUUAUUACUAGUGCACUUGCCAGUUUUUUAAACUGUAAAAUAAGUGCAUAAAGUUAAAGCUUAUUUUUAUGUGGCCUCUUUCAUGAAUUCUUACACAGAUGUUUUUGUAACACAAUAUAACCUGAAACAUAAAUUGUUUUCUGUAUUAUCAUAUUACAACUUGAUAGUCACAUUUUAAGUGCUUCACAUUUGUAGGUGUGUGGUCUGUAACAUAUUUUCAGUUUGAAUACGGAACAUAUAUAUAGCCAUUACCCACAUGACAUUGUGUCUAGAAUCUUACCGAUCUAGAAAAGGAACGCAAUGGAGGAAUUAACUAGAACUUUAGGUCAUGAAUGCUGUGGGGAAAAUGCAUUUUAUUUCUUCUAAGCUAUAUAAUAUGCAUUUAAACUCUGCCAGAAAAAUAACUAUUUUGUUUUAAUCUACUUUUUCUAUUUAGUAGUUAUUUGUAUAAAUUAAAUAGAACGUUUUCAAGUCAAA